AUGACACAAAACAAGCUUAAGGGUCGUGAACUAUUUGAGGCUAUUGGCCGCCCGACAACUAUCGUAGCGCCAAUGGUGGAUCAGUCAGAGUUGGCAUGGAGAAUCAUCUCUCGAAGAUACGGAGCAGAAUUAUGCUAUACCCCCAUGUUCCAUGCCCGUUUAUUUGCCACAGAAGAGAAAUACAGGCAAAAUAUGUGGUCAGAACAAGACGGUGAUCGAGAACUCGAUCGUCCAUUGAUAGUUCAAUUUUGUGCCAAUGACCCAAAUUAUUUGCUAGAAGCAGCCAAGCUUGUAGAAGACAAGUGUGAUGCCGUAGACUUGAACUUGGGAUGUCCGCAAGGAAUCGCCAAGAAAGGGAAAUAUGGAGCGUUCUUGAUGGACGAUUGGGAUUUGGUGCACAAGUUAAUUCGAACUCUUCACGAUAAUUUAAAGUGUCCAGUGACUGCCAAAAUUAGAGUUUAUGAUGAUUGGGAAAAGUCCUUGGCAUACGCAAAGAUGGUUUUGGAUGCCGGGGCCCAGUUCAUUACCGUUCAUGGCCGUACUAGAGACAUGAAGGGCCAAGCCACCGGUUUAGCCAACUGGAAAGUGCUCAAGUACUUGCGCGAUAACCUUCCCAAGGAUCAAGUUUUCUUUGCAAACGGGAACAUUUUGUAUCCCAGUGAUCUCCAAAGAUGCCGCGAAGAAACGGGAGCCGAUGCCGUGAUGUCUGCUGAAGGAAACUUGUACAAUCCAGGUGUUUUCUGGACAAAGACAGAUAAUAUCGACAAGCAGUUUCCUCGAGUCGAUAAACUAUUGAGAGAAUACUUUGAAAUUGUCAAGUCUUGUGCGGGAGAAGCAUCCAAACACGCCAUGAAGGCUCACUUCUUUAAAAUAUUGCAUGCAUUUUUGAACGUUCAUAAGGAACUCAGACCAGUAAUCGGUAGAACCAGUGUCCAUGCUGAUAUCAAGAAUUGGGAAGAUAUUGUUGAACAGGUUGAAAAAUUGGUACAAGACAUUUAUACUGAUGAAAAAAUCAAAGAGAAAGAUGUCAUUACUACUGGAGAAGUACAAGAUUGGGGAGGUGCCUACAAGACUGUACCUUAUUGGAGGUGUCAACCAUACUUCAGAACUGUAAAUGGUGAAAAACAGAACACUCGAAAACUUCAAGUAGCCGCGGCUAGAGAUGAGGUAGCAUGCUUGGAAAAUGCUAACAAGAGAGAAGCAGCUCCUAUUGAAGAGAACGUAACCAAGAAAAGUAGGGUUACAGCUUAG